AUGGUAGAUAAAGACAGGGGUAAAUCAAAACAAUCCGAUAAUCCGAAAAAGAAAUUUAACGCCAAUGCUAUGAGAAGGCCCACUGGGGUCGUGAUAUCUGAUGAGCCCUCUCGAGUUAAUAUUUCAAAAAGAGCCUCAGUUUCAACUACUCACUCGACACACCAGUCACAUAAUGCCUCUAUUCAUGUGGCUCCACAAUCUGGUUAUACUAUAUCUACACCCACUGUGGUACCUAGUUCGGGUUACCAAACAUUGCAGGGCUAUUCACAUCUUGGUCGUGGAUCUAACAUACCAUCAGCUAGUGCUAGUCAGUGCAAUAGUUUGAAUACUAGUAGUGGAUCAAUUGGACUUUCCAAUCUUCAUAUUGAAUCCAAUGGCUCAGAGCCUAAUACUCCUACCACCCAGCACUCAGAUGCACAUGGUCCUCAGCCAGGCGAUAGAGACAAUUUUCGGAGACUCGUCAUCGAGCCAUUACGAUACAACUUACGUCCGGAUGUGGGUAUGGCAAAGAUUAUUUUAAAGUGCAUCGGAACUCACUAUAAUGGUGUGUAUCCAAAUUGGAGUUCGAUUCCACUUAACGUCCAAGGGCAGAUGUUCAAUGAAUUUAAGGAAAAAGAGUUGGGUAGGCCGGUAGCUGUACCAGAGAUGUUCAAGGUUACUCACGUCAAGAAGAGUACGAACCCCACAGAAGAAGAAAGAUGGAUUGAGUCACGUGCUCAAGAGACAUAUGAUAGGUAUAUACGAAUAUCUCAGGAAUAUUGUAGUACUCUACCUCUUGAGAGUCAGGACAGACCAUUUACACAAGAAGAAAACGAGAAUCUUUGGAAACAGAGUGUUGGUGAACCGAUUAGAGGUUCAGUCUACGGCUAUCCAGAAAAGGCGUAUCAGAAGAAGAAGUCUUGGUAUUGUGGUUCAUCAUCCUCAAGCUUUGAUGGUGGGGAUAGAGAGACAAUAUCUGCAAUGGAGAGUAAGAUAGCUUAUCUCAAUGCCGAGCUUGCUGCUGUAGCCGAAAGAGAGAAGAAGAGAGAAGAAAAAGAGAAGAAGAGAGAGGAGCAGAUUACGACAGCAAAGGAGGUAGAGAACAAGAGGUAUGCAGCGCUUCAGGCCCAACUAACUUUUCUUUUUGAAUCAGGAAAUAUUCUUCCUCCAUGUCCGGCUAGUAGUGAUAGAUCUGAUCAGGAGGGUGAUAAGAAUGAUAAGUCUGAUAAGGAAAGUGAGGGUGAUGAGAAUGGUAAGUCUGAUAAGGAGAGUGAGGGUGAUGAGGAGUAGUUGUAUCAAUUUGACAUUUUAGACUUUUAUAUUUUUGGAAUUGUUUAAUUUGAUCGUAUUUUAGUUUAUUUUGAAGUUGGAUGAAGUUUAUUUUGAAAUAGUUUAAUGUAUAUGUUGAAAAUAUUAUGUUGUUUUGGUUGGAUGAAGUUUAUUU